GCUCGCUGGCCGCCAGCCGGGGGGAGGGGUCCGGCGGCUCCGUGCGGUCGCGGCGGAGCCGGAGCGGCUUCUGCUGCAACAGAGCAGGGGCGGCAGCAAGGGAAGCAGCAGCAGCAGCAGGCGCGGCCGGGGGCGGAAGUCCUUUGUUGCUGCAGCCGGAGGAGGCGGCCGCGGCGCCGGGAGAGCAGCUGGCCGCCCCUCGAGCCCCCGCGCGGCGCGCCUGCCUCGUCCUCCCGGAUCCCCCCCGCACCCUGCAUCGGCCUCGGGGCCGUGAUUCUGGCGCAAGAUGGCAAGGACCAGCCACAGCAGCUAUGUCCUCCAGCAGCUCAACAACCAAAGAGAGUGGGGUUUUCUCUGCGACUGCUGCAUUGCGAUCGACGACAUCUACUUCCAGGCGCACAAAGCCGUCCUUGCCGCCUGCAGCUCUUAUUUCAGGAUGUUUUUCAUGAGCCAGCAGCACAGCACGGUGCAACUGAACCUCAGCAACAUGAAGAUCACGGCCGAGUGCUUUGAUCUCAUUUUGCAGUUCAUGUAUCUGGGGAAAAUUGCCACGGCCCCCAACAACUUUGAGCAGUUCAAGGUGGCCAUGAACUCGCUGCAGCUGUACAACGUGCCGGAAUGUCUGGAAGAUAUACAGGACACAAACUCCUCGGGUCUCCGGUGCUCCUCUUCCGCUUCCAGCACCCAAAAUAGCAAAAUGGUAUUUGGUGUGCGGAUGUACGAAGAGACGCUGGCCCGAAGUGGGAGUGAAGCGAGCAGGUGCGGUGCUGAGCCGCCAAGUUCGACGGUGAGCACAUCCCAGAGCAGGGAGGUCAGCGACGAAGCUCUGCAGCUGAGCAGCUUAUCUGAGCAGCCGUUGGAGAGCUGCAAAGGGAGUGUUGCGCGCAAGGCCUCUGGCGCCAAAGACCGAGUGUCCAUAUCGCGCCGCUUUGGGAGGAGCUUCACCUGCGACGGCUGCGGCUUCAGUUUCAGUUGCGAGCGGCUGCUGGACGAGCACAUCAUGUCCUGCACGAACAGGCACUCGUAUCAGAACGCCAGGUAUUACGGGGCCGAUAAGAAAGACAGCGGCGAAAGAGACUCCACCCUUAAAACCCCAUCUCCCCAGCUGGACAAAUUCAAAGCAGAGGCAAGCCAAGCGACAGAUGGGUCGUCCUCCCCAGCGUCAAAUGUAACUAGCGGGAAAGGCACUAGCGUUUCAUUGGAGGCGCUGGGCAAACAGCGGAGCCGAGCCAUGGAGAGGAAAAGGAUAAUUGUCAAGGUGGAGCCAGAGGACAACCCCAUCGACGACCUGAAAGAGUUUAACAUUAUUAAGGUGACCGACGGCAACGAUUCCACCGACAACGACGAGCUGGAUGACGACGACCCGGUUUACAGGUACUACAUUGAGGAAGAGGUCAGUGAAAACAGGCGUGUUAGGAAAGCUUUCUUAAAACCCCACAUGCCUAUUGAUGAGGAGGCCAGGAAAUAUUUUAGAAGCGCCAGGGUCCUCAACAGUAAAGUCAGUGCUGUUGAGGAGGGCCCGGAAAACGCGUCCUGUGAACUGUGCGGGCAGACAAUCACCGAGGAAGACCUCUCUUCUCAUUACUUGUCCAAGCACAUAGAAAACAUAUGUGCGUGUGGGAAAUGUGGCCAGAUACUGGUGAAAGGGCGCCAGUUGCAGGAUCAUGCGCAGUCCUGCGGGGAGCCCCAAGACUUGACCACCAAUGGCUUAAGGAACAUGGAGGAGAAAAUUGACAUGGAAGAAAGCCCCGAGGAGCAGUCUGAAAUCCAGGACAUGAUGUACGUGGAGAUGCUGGACGAGUUCGGAGACGGCCAUUUCCAGAUGAACAGUCUUCCGAAGAAACAGCUCUACAGGGAUUCAGCUUGCCCUUUCCGGUGCCCUAACUGCGGCUUGCGUUUUGAGACUGAGAAUUUGGUGGUUGAGCACAUGUCCAGCUGCCUGGAUCAAGAUCUGUUCAAGAAUGCCAUGAUGGAAGAGAAUGAGAGGGACCACAGACGCAAGCAUUUCUGCAAUCUUUGUGGGAAGGGCUUUUAUCAGCGUUGCCACUUACGGGAACACUACACGGUGCACACCAAGGAAAAACAGUUUGCUUGUCAGACGUGCGGCAAGCAGUUCCUAAGAGAGCGCCAGUUGCGCCUUCACAACGACAUGCACAAGGGCAUGGCCAGGUAUGUCUGCUCCAUUUGUGACCAAGGAAACUUCCGGAAGCACGAUCAUGUCCGGCACAUGAUAUCCCACCUGUCAGCUGGAGAGACAAUAUGCCAGGUCUGCUUUCAGAUUUUCCCAAAUAACGAACAACUCGAGCAGCACAUGGAUGUUCACCUCUAUACAUGUGGCGUAUGUGGCGCCAAAUUUAAUCUGAGGAAAGAUAUGAGAUCUCACUAUAAUGCCAAACAUUUGAAAAGAACAUGAAGGCAUAAUAACGAUUAUUAGCAAGAACUAAAACAAAAGCAAGUGGAACACCAAAGCAUAGCAAACAAUCAUACAUUUUAAAAAAUUUAAAUGGCCUGUUUUGAAAUGUUCUGGUUUUGUUUGUUUGUUUAAAAGAAACGUUAAAUCAUGUGCUUCUUCAUUUAGGCUGCAAUCCUAUGCUCAUUUACCUGGAAGUAAGCCCCAGUGAGCUUAAUGGGACUUUCUUCUAAGUAAAUAGUUAUGGAAUUGCACUGUUAGGGUAUUAAAGUUCAUAAAAAGCACCAAAUGUUUAAUUAUUGCAUUUUUACUCUUGCCUCAUGUUAAGUUCUGUUUCUGUGUCCCCCCCCCCUGCUUUCUUAAGUAGAUGAAUCAAAUCAUUAUUUUAAAACUCUAGACUUCAAAAGCACACUGUAGUAUUACCUAAAUCACCGGCUUCUAUUAAACAGCUUCUCAGUUUCAUCAA